GCUGGAGUGGCCCCAGUGAGAAAAAUGGCUGCGAGUACCUCUGUGGCCGUGGUGUCGGUGACGGCGGCCGCAGUGCCCGACCUGUCCACCAACGCAGAUUUCUCGGAUUUGCGGGAAAUUAAGAAGCAGCUGCUUCUUAUUGCGGGCCUUACUCGGGAGCGAGGACUGCUGCACAGUAGUAAAUGGUCUGCGGAGUUGGCCUUCUCCCUUCCGGCGUUGCCGCUGGCAGAGCUGCAGCCCCCGCCUCCUAUUACCGAGGAGGAUGCCCGGGAUAUGGAUGCUUACACUCUGGCCAAGGCCUACUUUGAUGUUAAAGAAUAUGAUCGGGCAGCACAUUUCUUGCAUGGCUGCAAUAGCAAAAAGGCCUAUUUUCUGUUUAUGUAUUCCAGAUAUCUGUCUGGAGAGAAAAAGAAGGAUGAUGAAACAGUUGAUAGCCUAGGUCCCCUGGAGAAAGGACAAGUAAAAAAUGAAGCUCUUAGAGAAUUGAGAGUGGAGCUCAGCAAAAAACAUCAAGCUCGGGAACUUGAUGGGUUUGGCCUUUAUCUGUAUGGUGUGGUGCUUCGAAAACUGGACUUGGUGAAAGAGGCCAUUGAUGUUUUUGUGGAGGCUACUCAUGUUUUGCCUUUGCAUUGGGGAGCCUGGUUAGAACUCUGUAACCUGAUUACAGACAAAGAGAUGCUGAAGUUCCUGUCUUUGCCAGACACCUGGAUGAAAGAGUUUUUUCUGGCUCAUAUAUACACAGAGUUGCAGUUGAUAGAGGAGGCCCUGCAGAAGUAUCAGAAUCUCAUUGAUGUUGGCUUCUCUAAAAGCUCUUAUAUUGUUUCUCAAAUUGCAGUUGCCUAUCACAAUAUCAGAGAUAUUGAUAAAGCUCUCUCCAUUUUUAAUGAGCUAAGGAAACAAGACCCUUACAGGAUUGAAAAUAUGGACACAUUCUCCAACCUUCUUUAUGUUAGGAGCAUGAAAUCUGAAUUGAGUUACCUGGCUCAUAACCUCUGUGAAAUUGACAAAUACCGUGUGGAAACAUGCUGUGUAAUUGGCAAUUAUUAUAGUUUACGUUCUCAGCAUGAGAAAGCAGCCUUAUAUUUCCAGAGAGCCCUGAAGUUGAAUCCUCGGUAUCUUGGGGCCUGGACACUGAUGGGGCAUGAAUACAUGGAAAUGAAAAAUACCUCUGCUGCUAUCCAGGCUUAUCGACAUGCCAUUGAAGUCAAUAAGAGAGACUACAGAGCUUGGUAUGGCCUUGGGCAGACCUACGAAAUCCUUAAGAUGCCAUUUUAUUGCCUUUAUUAUUAUAGACGGGCUCACCAGCUUCGGCCAAAUGAUUCUCGUAUGUUGGUUGCCUUAGGAGAAUGUUACGAGAAACUCAAUCAACUAGUGGAAGCCAAAAAGUGUUAUUGGAGAGCUUAUGCUGUAGGAGAUGUGGAGAAAAUGGCUCUUGUAAAACUGGCAAAGCUUCAUGAACAGUUGACUGAGUCAGAACAGGCUGCCCAGUGUUACAUCAAAUAUAUCCAAGAUAUCUAUUCCUGUGGGGAAAUAGUGGAGCACUUGGAGGAAAGCACUGCGUUUCGCUAUCUGGCUCAGUACUAUUUUAAGUGCAAGCUGUGGGAUGAAGCUUCAACUUGUGCCCAGAAGUGUUGUGCAUUCAAUGACACCCGAGAAGAAGGUAAAGCCUUGCUCCGACAAAUCCUACAGCUGCGGAACCAAGGCGAGACUCCCACAACUGAGAUGCCUGCUCCCUUCUUCCUCCCUGCAUCACUGUCUGCUAACAACACUCCCACACGAAGAGUUUCUCCACUCAACUUGUCAUCAGUCACACCGUAGUUGCGACUUUUAAGUCAGCACAUUGCUAGACCCCAUAGUAAGCCUUACCUCUACAUAAAGAAUGGCCAGGUCUCCCAAGGACUUCAGCUCUUCUCAUUUCUACAGAUGAAAACAGCCUUGAGGACAGAGGCAGACACAAGUACUGGCAGGAACAGAUACUUGUCUUUUGCUAGUUAGAAGCACUUCUAUCUCCCUUUUCUUCAAAGAAUGGCUGUAGUUCUUGACCUUCUUCCCAGAAUCCCCCUUCCCCACCCCCAAGCAAACACAUCCCUUAUACAGCACUUUAGCACAGGCAGUGUUACAGGAACAAGGUUUUAAUGCUUUGGGAGUGGGAUAGACAAGGGGAGAAAAAUCUGCCACUAUCCCCUAUUCUGGCAAUAGGCAGCAUCAGGACACUGGACAGAAAGAGCCUUUUAUUUUGGGUUUUUUUUUGAGUUGCAGUUUCACUGUACAGCCUAAACCAGCCUCAAACUCUCAGUUCUCUGGCCUCAGCCUCCCUAGUGCUGGAAUUACAGGCAUGUACUACCAUGCCCUACUAGAAAUGAAGUCAUGAAGUUGUUGAGUAAAACCCCCAUUCUGAUGUCAGAGAUUAGGUUUAAAUGGAGUAGAGCUACAUGUGUUCUUUGGAGACAUUCUUCAAAACAGUUUUGAAAAGGAGUCUUCUAAAAGCUUUCAAAUUGGAAGCAACUUAGGGUUAAAUAGAAGAGAAAAAGAAUUUCUGUGAGCAUGAAUUAUUGAUGCCCUUUCCUGAGGACAAAGAUGUCUAUAGCAUUAGCUAUAGCCCUAUCAAAGCAAAGAGACAAUUACAGAUUUCAUGGACAUUUGAAAAUAACUUUUGACUACAGAUAAGAAUAAACUUACUUUGUGCUGGUCUGUUUUUCCCUCUAUCGCCAAAAGAAUACAUUUUUUUCAACCUCAUCUGUAUAGACAUGGUAUUCUUAUGGUGCUCACAGAGGGUUUCAGGCUGGUGCAUAUGUGUUCAGUAGCAGAUAAUAUGCUUUGAUUACGUUUGCUGUGAUGAAUUUGUACAGUAUAUGCUAUGGAUCAUUCUUAACUUAGGAUCCAGCCUUCUCGUUUCUAGGACAUUUUUACUCAUCUCCUAAUGUAUGAUGCUUCAUUUUAUAUUAAAAAAAGUUUAGAAUAUCUAAAGCCACUUGAAUUCAUUUCUUCCUAAGUCUUUUUAGGCUAGAUGAACACUAGUUCUGGUUUCUUUUGCUAUUCCUGUGCAGAGUUCACAUGGACCAGAAUGUUUGAGUCUUAUUUUUCUGCCCUUUUUAUAAUUUGUCUUCAUGACUGCUAAAUUUGGAAUUCAAAUAAAAA